AUGGAUGAAUGGGAUCUGUUAGACGAAGUGGACGUGAUUGCUCUUUGGCCUAAUGAACACAAAAAGAACGUGGAGUCGGCGAAAUGGCAGGAGCGAAAGGAAGCAUUGGAGGUAUUAUCGAAUCUUAUCGAGAAAAAUCCUCGAUUAUCGACAGCAUCAAUGACAAUUUAUGGGGAGUUGAUGGACAACCUAAAGAAGAUUAUCGCCCACGAUAGCAACAUCAAUGUUGUUAUUGCUGCUUUACGGGUAGUGACCAAAUUAGCCAACGGACUCCGAGACCGUUUCAGUUGUUUCAUUUCAAUGAUCUGGUCAGUUGUUCUUGAUAAGUCUAAGGAUAAGAAGAACACCGUUCGUAUAGCUGUUGGAGAGACCCUCGAUGCUAUUUCGGAUGUGUGUUCUACGGAACGUCUCACCAAAGAUCUCUGUGAACACUUGUCAAAGCCCAACCCUCAGUCUAAACAAUGUCUUUGUGCCUUUUUGACUCGCUAUUUCGUUCGGCAGACUACUGUACAGAUAGAAUUUGCCAAAGCUGUUCUACCAAUAGUUGUGAAGCUAGCUUCCGAUAGUGACCCCUCUGUUCGUGAUGCGGCUUGCAACACUCUUGGAUCAGCACGGAGGCUGCUCGGGAAAGGUUUGGACGCGUUUCUAGGACCCAUCGUAACUGAAAAAGCGAAAUUGGACAAGGUAAAAAUUAUUUCAAUAUUUGUUGCCCUCUUGUGUUUUUCACUGUUAUCAUAA